CGAUUUUACCACAGAGUCUCUUAACAAGAACUGCAUCCCUGUGAACUGUAUUUUGGUGUUCUCUUUUGCAGACUCAUUUACCAAACGUUGGAGUAAUAUUGUAGAUAAAAAUGCCUAUUGGAUGCAAAGAGAGGCCAACUUUUUUUGAAAUUUUUAGGACGCGAUGCAACAAAGCAGACUUAGGACCAAUAAGCCUUAAUUGGUUUGAAGAACUUUCUUCAGAAGCUCCACCCUAUAAUUCUGAACCUUCAGAAGAAUCAGAAUAUAAAAUCAGCAGUUACGAACCAAACCUAUUUAAAACACCACAGAGGAAACCUUAUCAUCAUUUGGCUUCAACUCCAGUAAUAUUCAAAGAGCAAGGUCCAACUCUGCCACUGUACCAAUCUCCUUUAAAAGAGCAAGGAAAGGAUGUUACCAAUAGUAAACAUAAAAGUUUUUGCACAAUGAAGGCCAAAGUGGAUCAAGCAAAUGAUGUUACCAGCCCACCUCCAAAUUCUUGUCUUAGUGAAAGUCCUGUUCUACAAUAUACACAUGAAACACCGCAAAGAGAAAAGUCGGUGAUAUGUGGAACUUUAUUUCAUACACCAAAGCUCACGAAGGGUCAGACACCAAAACGUAUUUCUGAAAGUUUAGGAGCUGAGGUGGAUCCUGAUAUGUCUUGGUCAAGUUCUUUGGCCACACCACCAACACUUAGUUCUACUGUGCUCAUAGUCAGAGAUGAGGAAGCAUCUGCAGCUACAUUUCCUAGUGAUACUACUGCUAUUUUGAAAGGCUGUUUUUCUAACCAUGAUCAAAGUCUGAAGAAAAAUGAUAGGUUUAUCCCUUCUGGGCCAGACAAUGAAAAUCAAAGAAAAGCUAAAAGUCAUGAAUUGGAGAAGAUUUUAGAGGAGUCAUUUGGUAACGGAAAUAGCUGCAAAGAUCAUUUUGAAAAGUCAAUGCCAAAUGUCCUAGAAGAUGAAGUACAUGAAACAGCUGCAGAUAUUUCUGAGGAAGAUAGUUUUCCAGUAUGUGUUUCUAAAUAUAAAAGAAGAAAUAUACGAAAAGUAAAAACUGGCAAGAAGAAAAAUAUUUUCAAUAAAACAAAAACCAAUGAAUAUGAAGAAGCUGAAAAACAAAUGACAGAAAAUAAACAUUCAUUUGUAUCUGAAAUGGGACCAAAUGACAGUGAUCCAUUAGAUUCAAAUGUAACAAAUCAGAAGCUCUUUGGGAAUGGAGCUGACAAAAUCUCCCAGGAAGUUAUACCAUCUUCAGCAUCUGAAUGGUCUCAGCUAACUCUCUCUGGUCUAAAUGGAACCCAAAUGGAGAAAACGUCCCUACUGCAUAUUUCUUCUUGUGACCAAAAUAAUUCAGAAGAAGACUGCAUAGGCACAGAGAAAGAAUUUAUCAACUUCAUUACUUCAGAAAAUUAUUUGCCACAUAUUUCAAGCUUAUCAAAAACAGUGAAGAUAUUAAAUGAGGAAAUAGUGGUAAAUAAGACAGAUGAAGGGCAGUGUCUUGAAUCUCAUGAAGAUUCCACUGUUGUGGAAAAGCAAGCAAUAUCUGGCUCUUCUUUAAUAGCUUCUCCACUUCAGGGUAUUAAAAAGUCUAUAUUCAGGAUAAGAGAAUCACCGGAAGAGACGUUCAGAGCAGAUUUCUCAAGUAAUACGACUGAUCCGAACUUUAAAGAAGAACCUGAGGCCUCUAAAAGUGGGUUGGAAAUACAAACUAUUUGCUCACAUAAAGAGGAUUCUUUAUGUACAAGUUCAGUUGAUAAUGGAAGCUGGCCAGCCACUACCAAGAAUACUUCUGUAGCUUUAAAAAAUGCAGGUUUAAUAUCCACUUUGAAAAAGAAAACAAAAAGGUUUAUUUAUGCUAUAAAUGAUAAAACAUCUUAUCAAGGACUAAAAAUGCAAAGAGACCAGGAAUCAGAACUAACUCACUCUUCAGCCCAAUUAGAAGCAGACCAUUUUGAAACACCACUUACAUUUACAAACAUUGAUUCAGGUUUACUGCACUCUUCCAUCCAAAAACACUGUUUACAGAAUGAUUCUGAAGAUCCACCUUUGUCUUUAACCAGCUCUUUUGGGACAAUUCUGAGAAAAUGUUCUAAUAAUAAAAUAGUAUCUCAGGAUCUUGAUUAUAAAGAAGCAAAACUCAGUAAGGAAAAACUGGAGUCAUUUAUAACCACAGAAACUGAUUAUAUGUCAUGCUUGCAGGGAGAACAUUGUGACGAUGAUCCAAAAAGCCAGAGAGUUUCAGAUAUGAAGAAAAAAGUCUUGCCUGCAGUAUGUCACCCUGCAGUGCCACAUUCAGAAGACUGUAGUGAUACUCACUUUCAAUCUCAGGAAACCUUUUUACAUGACAAUGAUAACACCACUGUUUUAACUACUGUCUUCAACGACCUUCUGUCAAACCCAGUUGUGAUUUCUAGAGGAAAAGAAUCAUAUAAAAUGUCAGAGAAAAUAAAACCUAAGAAUUCUGAAGCUGGUUCUGAAUUAACCAAAAAUAUUUCUUUGGAAAAUAGUCAAGAAGCAUGUAUUUUAAAGGAAGAUUCCAGAAAACCUGAGCUGUUUUCACCUGAACAGUAUGUAACAGCAGCAUCACCUCUUACAAAGAUACAAUUCAACGAAAAUACAAAUCUGACAGUAUUCCAGAAAAAACAAGAAACUACUUUAAUUUCAAAAAUAACUGUCAGUUCAAACUCUGAAGAACUUUUUCCAGACAAUGAGAAUAAUUUUGUCUUUCAAAUAACUAGUGAAAAGAGUAUUCCUAUUUUAGAAAACACUAAGGAACUGCAUGAGGCAGACAUCAUUUGCUUAAGAGAACCUGUUCUCAAGAACUCUGCCACGGCAGCACGUACGGACCUGGGAGACAAACAAGCAGCCAAAGUGUCAAUUACAAACAAUUUUGUUUCAUCAAAUACAGUCCACGAUCUUACAGAGAAAAGUAGAAAUAGUGUAAAGCAGCAACCAAAAAUGACUCUCAGUCAAGAUUCAAAGUCAGAUGUCUCCUUGGAUAUAAAUAUGAAAUCAAACAGAAAUAACGAUUGCAUGGACAAAUGGGCAAGACUCUCAGAUUCGAUUUCAAGUCACAGUUUUGGAAAUGGCUUUAGAACAGCUUCUAAUAAAGAGAUAAAACUCUCUGAACACAACAUUAAGAAAAGUAAAAUGUUCUUCAAAGAUAUUGAAGAACAUUUUCCUACUAGCUUAGCUUGUAUUGAGACUGUAAAUACAUUAUCAUUAAAAAGUCAAAAGAAACCAAGCAGACCUCAUGCAGUUGAUUCACAGUCAAUGAACACUAUAUCUGGGUGUGUGCAGAAUAGUGCGUUUAUUUGUGACAGUGAAAAUAGUCACACAGCUCCAAUUUUAUCAUUAAAGGAAGAUUUUAAUUCAAACCAUAAUUUAACACCUAGCCAAAAGGCAGAAAUUACAGAACUUUCUACUAUAUUGGAAGAAUCAGGAAGUCAAUUUGAAUUUACACAGUUUAGAAAACCAAGCGACAUUAUACAGAAUAAUCCAUUUGAAAUGCCUGAAAAUCAGAUGAGUGUCUUAAAGACCACUUCUGAGGAGUGGAAAGAUGUUGAUCUUCCUCUCACAGUUAAUGUCCCAUCUAGCAGUCAGGUAGAUAGCAGCAAGGAAUUCGAAGAUAGAGUUGGAGAUAAGCAAAAAUUUGCCUGCUUGUCAACAACCAACUGUAACAAGAGCACGUCUGGUAAUUCAACAGAUAAAAAUGAAGUGGAGUUUAGGGGCUUUUAUUCUGCUCGUGGCACAAAACUGAGUAUUUCUAGUGAAGCACUACAGAAAGCUAUGAAACUGUUCAGUGACAUUGAAAAUGUUGGAGGAACUCCUGCAGAAGUAGAUCCAAGAAUUUUCUCUUUAAGUAAAUGUAACAAUUCUGAUGUUUCAGAGUUUAAGGAAGAAGAUUAUAGCAAUGAUAAAAAUUUAAGUGAGAAGAAUAAUAAAUGCCAACUGGUAGUACAAAAUAACAUUGAAAUGACAGCUGGCAUUUUUGUUGAAGAAAAUACUGAAGAUUACAAGAGAAAUACUGAAAAUGAAGAUAACGAAUGUAUUGGUUUUGUUUGUAACUUAAGAGAAUCUGAUGGAGGUUCAUCAAGUAAAAAUGAUACAGUUUCUAUUCACAAAGAUGAAGAUGUCUUACCAUGUACUGAUCAACACAACAUGUAUCUAAAAUCAUCUAGGCAGUAUAUGAUGGAGGGCAACUCUCAAAAUAAAGAAGAUUUGUCAGAUUUAACUUGUUUGGAAGUUGUGAAAGCUGAAGAAACAUUUCAUGUUAAUAUGUCAAAUAAAAGUCAGUCAACUGCUAAUAAGAUGAGGCAGAAUAUAAAAAAUUUUGACACUUUUGGUUUGUCCUUUCAGACUGCAAGUGGGAAGAACAUCAGCAUCUCUAAAGAGUCAUUAAAUAAAGUUGUAAAUUUCUUUGAUGAAAAAUGUACCGAGGAAGAGAUGAAUAACUUUUCAGAUUCCUCAAAUUCUGAAUUACUUUCUGGCAUAAAUACCAACAAAAUAGACAUUUCAAGUCAUGAGGAACUAGAUAAGGUUAAAGACAAAAUACUUAAAGAAAGUGACUCAAUUGGUAUUGAAAAUCAAUUACUAACUCUCCAGCAAGGACAGGAAUAUGAAAUCAAAAAGAUCAAAGAACCUACCAUGUUGGGUUUUCAUACAGCUAGUGGAAAAAAAGUAAAAAUUGUAAAGGAGUCUUUGGACAAAGUGAAAAAUCUUUUUGAUGAAAAAAAGCAAGAUAAUAGUGAAGUCACUAAUUUUAGCCAUCAAGGGGCAAAGACUCUAAUGGACCGAGAGGUAUGUAAAGAAGGUUUUGAGUUAGCAUGUGAGACUGUUGACAUAACUGCCCAAAAGCAUGAAGAAAUGCAGAAUUCUUUAGAGGAGAAAAAACUUGUUUCUGAAGAGAGUGCCGUGCCACCCUGGCUCUUAAGUGAUCAUUUAUACAGACAAACUGAAAAUCUCAGCAUAACAAAUAGCAUCUCUCUGAAAGUCAAAGUUCAUGAAAAUAUAGAAGAAACAGCAAAAAGUCCUAUGACUUGUUAUACAAAUCAACCCACUUGUUCAGCCAUUGAAAAUUCAGCUCUAGCAUUUUACACAGGGCAUGGCAGAAAAAUUUCUGUAAGUCAGGCUUCACUAUUUGAAGCCAAAAAGUGGCUUAGAGAAGGAGAACUGGAUGAUCAGACAGAAAAAAAAAAUUCUGCCAAGGUUAUAUGUUUAAAGGAAUAUCCUGGGGAUUAUGUAGGAAAUCUUUCAUGUGGAAAUCAUUCAAACAGGAUCACAACCGAAAAUGACAAAAAUUUCUCUGAAGAACAAGAUCCAACCUAUUUGAGUAACAGCAUGUCUAACAGCUAUUCAUGCCAUUCUGAUUUUUGUCAUUCCAGUGAAGUAUUUAAUAAGUCAGAAUAUCUCUCAAAAAAUAAAAUGGGUAAUUCUGGUAUUGAGCCAGUAGUGCAGAAUGUCAAAGACAGAAAAAACAUUAGUUUUUCUGAAGUAAUGUCCACUGUAAGAGAAGCAAACACUUAUCCACAAGCUGUAGAUGAAAGUACUUGUGUUCAGAAGCUCGUGACUAACUCCUCACCAUGCAGAAAUAAAAAUACAGCCACAGAAAUGGGCAUAUCUGAUUCAAAUAAUUUUGAGAUAGAGCCACCUGCAUUCGGUACAGCAAGUGAUAAAACAAAAGUGAGAGAGAGACUUACAGAUAACGGCGGGAAGGUAAUUAAGCAAAACACUGAGAGCAAAUCAGACACUUGCCAAACAAAAAUUGUGACAGGUUCUCAUAAGGCACUGGAGGAUUCAGAGGAUAUUACUUUUCCUGACUCUCCGGAGAGUGAAGAACAUCGUAUGCGUUCACAUGAUGUUUCACCUGACAUUCAAAGUGAACCAAUUUUAUGUCAUGACCCAGGUAUGUCUGGAUUGGAGAAAGUUUCUGAAAUACCACCUUUUCAUAUUAAUCUCAAAACUUCUGAUAUAUGUAAGUUGAAUGUGGAAAAGCAUCCCAGGUCAGUCUCUUCUAUGAAUGCUUGUGGGGUUUUUAGCACAGCAAGUGGAAAAUCUGUACACAUAUCAGAUGCUGCAUUCCAAAAGGCAAAACAGGUAUUUUCUAAGAUAGAAGAUGAUGCUAAGCAACUCCUUUCCAAAGUAUCAUUUAAAAGUAAUGAAGAACAGUCGGAUAAGUUCUCAGGGGAAAAUACUAAGAUACAUACCCCUCAAAAUUUACUGUCAUCUGCUUUCUCUGGAUUUAGUACAGCAAGUGGAAAACAGGUUCCAGUUUCUGAGAGUUCCUUAUGCAAAGUUAAGGGAAUGUUUGAGGAAUUUGAUUUAAUCAGAACUGAACGUAGUCUUCAGCAUUCACCUACAUCUAGGCAAAAUGAAUCAAAAAUACUUCCUCUCUCUUGUAUUGAUAAGAGAACCCCAGAACACUCUGUAAGUUCCAAAGCAGAAAAAGACUACAGUAAAGAAUUUAAAUUAUCAAAUAACCGUAACGUUGAAAGUGAUUCUUCGGAAAAUAAUCACUCUAUUAAAGUUUUUCCAUCUCUCAUUCAGUGUAAGCAAGACAAACAACAGUUGGUAUUAGGAACCAAAGUCUUACUUGUUGAGAACUUUGAUCUUUUGGGAAAAGAACAGAUUUUACCUAAAAAUAUAAAAAUGGAAAUUGGGAAAGCUGAAACUUUUCCUAAUCUUCCUGUGAAAACAAACACAGAAAUUUGUUCUACCAACUCCAAAGAUUUAGAAAACUAUUUUGAAACAGAAGCAGUAGACAUUGCCAGAGCUUUUAUGGAAGAUGGUGAAUUGACAGAUUCUGAGCUGCUAAGCCAUGCCAAACACUCUCUUUUUACAUGCCAAAAAAAUGAGGAAGCAGUUUUGUUAAAUUCAGGAAUUGGAAAAAGAAGAGGAGGUGCACUUGCCACAGUUGGAGAACCCCCAACCAAAAGAAAUUUGUUAAAUGAAUUUGACAGGAUAAUAGAAAAUCAAGAAAAAUCCUUAAAGCCUUCAAAAAGCACUCCAGAUGGCACAGUGAAAGAUAGAAGAUUGUUUAUGCAUCACACUUCUUUAGAGCCAGUUACCUGUGGACCCUUUUGCACAACUAAGGAACGGCAAGAAAUAAAGAAUCCAAACAUCACUGCACCUGGUCAAGAGUUUCUAUCUAAAUCUCAUGUUUAUGAACACCUGACUUUGGAAAAGUCGUCAAGCAAUUUAUCAGCUUCCGGGCAGCCACUUUGUAAGGUUCCUGCCCCAAGAAAUGAAAAAAGGAGACACUCGAUAUCUGCAGGCAAACCAAUGAAAGUCUUUGUCCCACCUUUUAAAACUAAAUCACACCUUCACAGAGAUGCACAGUGUGUGAACAGGAAUACUAAUUUGGAGGAAGACAAACAAAAACAAAAAAACAUAGAUGAACGCAGCUCUGGUGAUAGUGAAAAUAAUGGCAGUGAAAUUCAUCAGCUUAACAAAAGUAACUCCAAUCAAACAGCAGCUGUAAUGUUCACAAAGGGUGACAAAGAACCUUUAGAUUUAAUUACAAAUCUUCAGAAUGCCAGAGAUAUUCAAGAUAAGCAAAUUAAAAAGAAACAAAAGCAACGUAUUUUUCCACAGCCAGGCAGUCUGUAUCUUGCAAAAACAUCCACUAUGCCUAGAAUCUCUCUGAAAGUGGCAGUAGAAGGCCGAGUUCCCUCUGCAUGUUCUCAUAAACAGCUAUAUAUGUAUGGUGUUUCUAAACACUGUGUAAAAAUUAACAGCAAAAGUGCAGAGUCUUUUCAGUUUCACACCCAGGAUUACUUUGGUAAAGAAGGUUUAUGGGCUGGAAAGGGAAUUCAGUUGGCUGAUGGCGGAUGGCUCAUACCCUCCAAUGAUGGAAAGGCUGGAAAAGAAGAAUUUUAUAGGGCUCUGUGUGACACCCCAGGUGUGGAUCCACAGCUUAUUUCUAGAGUUUGGGUCUAUAAUCACUAUAGAUGGAUUAUAUGGAAACUGGCAGCUAUGGAAUUUGCCUUUCCUAAGGAAUUUGCUAACAGAUGCCUAAGCCCAGAAAGGGUGCUUCUUCAACUAAAAUACAGAUAUGAUGUGGAAAUUGAUAGAAGCAGAAGAUCAGCUAUUAAAAAGAUAAUGGAAAAGGAUGACACAGCUGCAAAAACACUUGUUCUCUGUGUUUCUGAAAUAGCUUCAUUAAGCACAGAUACAUCUGAAACUCCUAGCAGUAAAACUAGUGGUGUAGAUACCACAAAAGCAGCCGUGGUCGAACUUACAGAUGGAUGGUAUGCUAUUAAGGCCCAGACAGACCCUCCCCUCUCAGCUCUCAUAAAGAACGGGAGACUGACUGUGGGUCAGAAGGUCAUUAUUCACGGAGCAGAGCUGGUGGGCUCUCCUGAUGCCUGUACACCUCUUGAAGCCCCAGAAUCUCUUAUGUUAAAGAUUUCCACUAACAGCACUCGGCCUGCUCGCUGGUAUGCCAAACUCGGAUUCUCUCCGGAUCCUAGACCUUUUCCUCUUCCUUUGUCAUCACUUUUCAGUGAUGGAGGAAAUGUUGGUUGUGUUGAUAUAAUUGUUCAAAGAGCAUACCCUAUUCAGUGGAUGGAGAAGACACCAUCUGGAUUAUACAUAUUUCGCAAUGAAAGAGAAGAAGAAAAGGAAGCAACAAAACAUGCAGAAGCCCAACAAAAGAAACUAGAAGCCCUGUUCACUAAACUUCAAGCAGAAUUUGAAGAGCAUGAAGACAAUGUAACAGAACGAUAUAUACCUCCACGUGCACUGACAAGACAGCAAGUCCGUGCUCUGCAAGAUGGUGCAGAACUUUAUGAAGCCGUGAAGAAUGCAGCAGACCCAGGUUACCUUGAGGGUUAUUUUAGUGAAGAGCAGUUAAGAGCCUUGAAUAAUCACAGACAGAUGUUGAAUGAUAAGAAGCAAGCCCAGAUUCAGUUGGAAUUCAGGAAGGCUAUGGCAUCUGCUGAACAAGGGGAACAGAUUUUACCAAGGGAUGUUACAACGGUGUGGAAGUUGCGUAUCAUAAGCUAUAAGAAAAAGGAAAAAGAUUCAGUUAUAUUGAGUAUCUGGCGUCCAUCAUCAGAUUUAUAUUCCCUCUUAACAGAGGGAAAGAGAUACAGAAUCUAUCAUCUUGCAGCAUCAAAAUCUAAAAGUAAAUCCGAAAGAGCUAACAUACAGUUAACAGCAACCAAAAAAACUCAGUACCAACAACUACCGGCGUCAGAUGAAAUUCUAUUUCAAGUUUAUCAGCCAAGGGAGCCCCUUCACUUCAACAAAUUAUUGGAUCCAGACUUCCAGCCGCCUUGCUCUGAGGUGGACCUGAUAGGAUUUGUAGUUUCAGUUGUGAAAAAAAUAGGUCUUGCUCCUUUGGUCUAUUUGUCAGAUGAAUGCCAUAAUUUAUUGGCAAUAAAGUUUUGGAUAGAUCUUAAUGAAGACAUUAUUAAACCUCACAUGUUAAUUGCUGCAAGCAACCUCCAGUGGCGACCAGAGUACAAAUCAGGAAUUCCUACUUUAUUUGCUGGAGAUUUUUCCAUGUUUUCUGCCAGUCCAAAGGAAGGCCAUUUUCAAGAGACAUUCCACAAAAUGAAAAAUACUAUUGAGAAUAUUGAUAUAUUUUGCAAUGAUGCAGAAAACAAACUUAUUCACAUACUUAAUGCAAAUAAUCCCAAGUGGUCCACUCCGACUGAAGACUAUACUUCAGAAUCACACACUGCCCAAACAGUCCUUGCUACAGGAAGUAAGUUUCUGAUGUCUUCUCCCAGUGAAAUGAAAUAUCAGAGUCCUUUAUCACUUAGUAAGCCAAAAGGGAAAUCUAUCUCCACACCUGUAUCAGCCCAAAUGACUUCAAAGUCUUGUUGCAAAGGGGAGAAAGAGAUUGAUGACCCAAAAAGCUGCAAAAAGAGAAGAGCCUUGGAUUUCUUAAGUAGACUGCCUGUACCUCCACCUGUUAGUCCCAUUUGUACAUUUGUUUCUCCAGCUGCACAAAAGGCAUUUCAGCCACCACGGAGUUGUGGCACCAGAUAUGAAACACCUAUAAAGAAAAAAGAAUUGAAUUCACCUCAGAUGACUCUACUUAAAAAGUUUAAUGACAUUUCUCUUUUGGAAGAUGAUUCAAUAGCUGAUGAAGAACUUGCACUGAUAAAUACCCAAGCCCUUUUGUCCGGUUCAUCAGGAGAAGAUCAACGUAUGUCUAUCAAUGAAUCCACUAGGACUGCUCCCACUAGUGCAGAGGAUUAUCUCACACUGAAAAGGCAUUACACUACACGUGGGAUCAAAGAACGAGAGAAUUCCCAAGCCAGGACUGAAGAACAUGAGACUAAUAUGCAGGACACAAGUACAAUAAAAAAUAUCUCCAAGAGGCUGCAAAGGCGACAGAAACCAAAAUGACAGUAGUUAUUAACAACCUUUCCAGUCUGUAAAGCAUAUCCAAUUUCAAACUGUACACCAGUAUCUGCAUAAUGAUAAAAGAAAGCAAAUAGUUCAAAUUUUACCUCAGUGCUUGUAUAUCUCAGCAAUGCUCUUUGCCUGCUUCUGUAUUGGUGUACUCUUAUUUCAGUUAUAUAUCUUAAAACAGUGACGUAUAUUUAACUAAUCAAGAAAAAAUCUUUAAAUCUUCUGAUCACUCUAAGUAUUAUUUUACAAACAUAGGAAACAUACCUGUCUCUUUUAGAUUGUAUCCUUAUAAUUAAAUGAAACUAGGUUUCUCGAUACAGUUAUUUUGACUCACAUAAUUCUUUUUAGUUUAGUUCCUAUUUUAGGUUUUGUUUUUUUUUUUAAGGGGGGAACCCAAUAGGAAUUAAUUUUCCUUAAUGCAUGUGUUGGUUCUACUACAGUUUUAUGCUGAUCAAAAAAGUCAGGAUCAAUAAGAGAUUACAGUAGUGUUUCCUUCUGACCAAUUCUUCAUCCUUGAGUCAGCA